CUCUAACUCUCUUGAUUCCCAACUUCUAAGUCUUCUCCCUCAAUCCUCACAAAUUUCUCACGCAGUCAUUUUGCUGUUAUGCUUCCUUUCCGCCUAACUCUCUUCUUCAACCAAACCAUCACAGAAAAGUAAAAAAGAGAGAUAGAGAUAGAGAGAGAAAGUUAUUCUCAAAAAGCAAGAAAAGAAGGGAGAGAAAUCAUUUCUGUGAUUUCUCAUUCAUGGGCUGCACUGUUUCUCGACCUGAAGGUCUUUUCACCACCAAAGCCACCACCAUUGAAGCUUCUGAUUCUGUUUCUUCUGUUUCAAGAACCCUUUCUCUUCCAAACCCUUUGGUUCACCAUCCUCCCUUGAAGAAGGGCGAUACCCACCACCUAGUUUCGCUUACCUCCACCACCUACGGUUCUCUCCUUCUCCUUGACCAACCUUCAUCAGAUCAUCAUCAUCAGGGCAAGACCCAAACCCAAGAAUCAGAAAUCCAAGAAACCGGAUCUCCCGAUUCGGUCAUCAACGCCUGGGAACUCAUGGCUGGCCUUGACGAUUUUGAUUUCUCAUCCAAACCCAAUAAAACUCCCUUUCUUGACCGAUCCUGCUCCGUUCUCCAUGAUUCCUCUUCUUCCAAGAAACCCUUUUGCGCCCGCAGUGGAUCCGUCAAGAAGCUCUGCAGCACCUUCGAAUCCUCUAGGUCGGAUAAUUCGGAUUCGAAUUUGAAUUCGAUCGGCGAAGGUAAGGUGAAGAAACUGUGCAAUGCGUUUGAGCCGUCGGCAGAUGCUGGGGAGAAUAAUAAUAUAUCGAUGAAACCCCUCUGGAAGCAUAUGUCGGAGGAAUCGCUUCUAGCUGAUAUGGAUCCUAACGUGGUUUCGAGUUUCAGACGGGCUCUGUCAGCUAAGCAAUUGGGUUUGAAUCAAUCGAAGACGGCAAGGUCGUUUGUUGGUUCGAGCUGGAGGGUUUCUCCUUUAUCUGGUAAUCGAAUCCGAUUACCAGGAACUGAGGAUAAGAUUGUUGUGUAUUUCACCAGUUUACGGGGAAUUCGAAGGACAUACGAGGAUUGCUCUGCUGUUCGUAAUAUAUUUAGAGGAUUUAGGGUUCUUGUUGAUGAGAGAGAUAUCUCUAUGGACUCUGCUUAUAGGAGAGAGCUUCAGAAUGUGCUGGGAGAGAAAUCUGUGAGCUUACCAAAGGUUUUUAUUCGUGGGAGGUACAUUGGAGGGGCUGAAGAGAUAAAGCAGCUUCUUGAGAUUGGUGAAUUAGCCAAGCUUCUUGAAGGGUUCCCUGUUCGGGAUCCCAGGUUCGUCUGCGAGAGCUGCGGCGAUGCGAGGUUUGUUCCUUGCUCGAAUUGUAAUGGGAGUCGUAAGGUUUUCGAUGAGGACGAAGGACAGUUGCGCAGGUGCCCAGAAUGCAAUGAGAAUGGAUUGAUACGGUGCCCUAGUUGCUUUUCUUGAAUGAUUCAAGCAAUUAAUGGUGUAUAUAUAUUACUGUUUCUUGAAUGCUUCUAGUGAUUAAUGGUUGAUUCUGUUCAGAAUUGUUGGAAGAAAAAGAGGAAAAAAAUAGUGCUUUUAUUGCUGUAAGUGUGGAUUUAUGUCAAUCUGGGGUGGUGGUGAUUAGAAACUCUUCUUGGGUUUUGUCUUUCUUUCUCUUUCUCUGUGUAAAUUGCUUGCCAAUAGGGCAUUCUUGUUCAUCAUCUCUCUGAACUUAUACAAAGAAAUAAGUAGAAAUAUUGAUUGGCUUUA